CAAUUGACGACUGUAUUUAUCGUUGUUAACAACUUUUUAUCUCUUCGAAGCGAUAUGGCACCUCUGUUAAGGUUAGUAAUUGUUUGCAUUUGCCUUUUCAGCAGUGACUGAUUACCUGUAAGUUUAUAUUCUCCAUUUUAGAAUAAAGCUAUUCUUGCUACGUGUAAUAAUAUCUUGUAAAAUUUUACUUUUGAAGAGUUAAUUAUAUGAUAUGGCUGGUAAAUCUUCUAGCUUAAUUAACUCUGAUACUCUUGGACGUAUUUUAUACUAGCCUACAUUAAUAAACUAGGCAUAAUUAUUGACUAAAAAAGCCUACAUCUAUGACAUCAAUGCCAUAGAUUUAUUCUUUAGAGGGAGAAUCGGAUGCUUUAUGAGUCCGAAAAAGUGCUAUAAAUAAUUAUCAUUUACAUAUCAAAAUCAUAUAUAGUCUCAGCAUGGGCGAUGAUGAAAACAAGAGCGAAAGUCAUCGUACUGUUUUAAUAUUGUCUGACACUUGGUCAUCUACUAAAGAAGGAAUCGCUGCUGUAACUUAUGGACUCGCUUCUAAAUUAGCAACAUACAAAGGAAUAAAGAUUUACGUCAACACUGUUGAUCAAUCAAUAUCAACAUCUGACAGGAAAGAGGCGGAAAGGCUGGGAGUGGAAUUAAGUAUCUUUGAGAAUCCGACAUGGAGUGCCAAUAUAAGAAACGUAACACAAAUAAUUGGUCAUGCUCCAUUUAAUCAUCAACUUGCCUUAAAAUUAAAAGAUGAAAAGUUUAUUGAUUCCGAAGUGCUCAGUUUCUUCCACACAACUAUUGAUGACGUAAGCUGGACCGCAGAUAAUCUUCCAUAUUCUUUCCCAACUAUGAAUGAACUCGUGAACUGUGCCGAAAGGAGUUCAGCUGUGUAUUCUGUAACUGAAAAAGUUCACUUUUAUUGGUCCGCAAAAUUUCGUAAUAGAGCUAAGAAACCUAUUGAUCAUCGUCUUUAUGAACCACUGUCUCACCCUUUACUUUUUCAAGUUCCACCGGUUCGAAAAUGUGAUGAAAUUCGAUUGUUAGUUUUGACGGAUAAUAAUCAGGAGGGGAAUUUCUGUGGGGAAGAUAUUGGCGCUUGCGCUGUCAGUAAAUUGGCUGAACUCUAUGAAAAAGAAUAUGAUUCAUUGGCCCAGAAACUAAAAUUGAUCAUUGGUACGCAUGAAAAAGCAGGUGAACUUAGUAGGACAAGAGAUCGAUGUCAAAAACAAAUUCUACAAAAUAAUCUACCGAUGGAAGUAAUUCAAUGGAGAGACGUCAAUGAGAUGUUAGAGGCUAUCCAUAAUUCAGAUGUAGUGUUGGCUGCCAGUCGAUGUGAGCCAAUGGGAUUUUUUGGCCUUGCUCCACUGUGCGCUGGUGUACCCUGUCUAAUAUCAGAAAAUUCUACUUUGGCACCCCUUGUACAGCGUCUUACUACAGAACCUCAUCUAAUUCUUACACCAACAACUCCUUUACCAGCAGUUGUAAGACAGGAUGCAACGACUUGGGCAGUUAAGCUAAAAGAAGUAUUGUCAAAUAUGAAUAAGGCAAGAAGAGCGGCGUUGCAAUUCCAGAAAAGUUUAAGAAAUGAUGGUAAAACGAAGAAAACUCAUGACGAUAUGGUUGCCUUUUGCAUAAAUGGUCUCCGAAUCAAGCAUCAGGUCACCAAGGUCAACUUAAUGGCAUCAGUGAAUGAGGAGCAUGAAUUAUCUACGCAAAGAUCACUGAAUAAAUUCAUUUGCUAUACUUUAAAGCAAUGUUGGCGCCUGAAGCACCACCCAUUGACAUUGGAGGAAGAUCUACAGCCUGCCAUUCCAUCAAUUCAACCCGAUCUAAAUUCUUUAGUGAAAAAUGUAAUUGAUAAAAUUGAGGCUAGAGGGAGGCGAAUUUUGGCAGUAGAAGGGGAUACUAAUUCAUUCAUAGUUCAUUGUCCCACAGCCGAAGCAGCAUCUGAUCUUUGGGCAUCAUGCGAUAUAAUUAAUGAUUCUCUUUUUCUCACUUUACUGGCCAGCACGGACGAGUCUCACAACCCAGUCUUAAAUAAAUUUAGGAUUCGUAGCAUAGAGAUGAGAACUCAUAUAGAUGGACCAGAAUUUCUCAAAUACAAAAAAGCUUUACUUCUUGCAGCUGACAGAGCCGAUGAAGCACCAAACGUUGCCAUUAAUAUAUAA